CCAGGGCACAGCGUCAAACAAAAGGACAAUAACCUUUUAUCCGACUACCCAGACAGAGAUCAACAACUCAUUUCCAUUGAUCGAUUGUUUCCAUCCAAACAAUAAACAUAGGAAAAUCAAGAAAAAAAAACUCUGAACCUCUCUCUCAUUUGUGUUAUAUUCACUCUUCAAAAGCCAUUCUGACCCGACGAUAACACACGCUCUCUCUCUCCAACGAGGACUUCGAUACAAUCGGAUUGUCAAAUUAGUGAUCUCGCGCAGUGAUCUCGUAUAAUCUCCAGAUAUCAGAUUAUGAAUUUGUUCUGGUUGACUGUUUGAAGUCCAGAAAUUUUGCUUUGUGCAAUUUUGAUCAAAUUCUGCCAAAUCCACAUGGAUCUCAAUGAUCUUAACAAGGUCUGGGAAAUCAAACCUUUAAACAAGGUUCGAGAAGAUGAGGCAAAGGAAAUUCUUGAAAAUGUAGCGAAACAGGUGCAACCCAUCAUGCGCAAACGUAAAUGGAAAGUCAAGAUCCUUUCUGAAUUUUGUCCUGCCAAUCCUUCUCUUUUAGGGCUGAACAUAGGAGGAGGGGCUGAGGUUAAGCUCAGAUUGCGGAGGCCAAACAAUGACUGGGAUUUCUUCCCUUACAAUCAGAUUCUUGAUACUAUGCUACACGAGCUUUGCCAUAAUGAACAUGGCCCUCAUAAUGCUGCCUUCUACAACCUUUUGGAUGAAAUCAGAAAGGAAUGUGAGGAAUUGAUGGCUAAAGGUAUUACAGGCACUGGGCAAGGAUUUGAUCUUCCUGGGAGACGUUUGGGUGGAUUUUCUCGUCAACCCCCUUUGUCAUCACUGCGCAAGAAUGCCCUUGCUGCUGCAGAAAAUAGGGCACAGCGUGGAGCUCUGUUGCCAUCUGGGCCUAAGCGUGUAGGUGGUGACAACAACAUUAUGGCUGCACUCAGCCCAAUACAAGCUGCUGCUAUGGCUGCAGAAAGGAGAUUGCACGAUGAUCUAUGGUGUGGGUCCAAAUCUUCAGAGAACCCCAAUGUGCGGGGAAAUAUCAGACCUUCUACAGGACACUCUGAAAGGCCUACGGCUUCCUCAUUACCAGAGAAUGGUUCUGUUCAAACUUUACCUUCUGGAUCCAUACCUUGUCAGGAAACAAGAGAUGUUCGAACAAUGUGGCAGUGCCGAACUUGUACUUUAUUUAAUAAGCAACUGGCUCUAAUAUGUGAAGCCUGUGAAACCCGGAAGAGUGAAGGUGAUGUAGUGAGGUCCAAGGUCUGGUGUUGCAAAUUCUGUACCCUGGAUAACACUGUUGAGGUAGACAGAUGCUUAGCUUGCGGAGAAUGGAGGUACUCCUACGGCCCGCCAACCUCAACACGUGGACCCUAUCUUGGCACCUGAAAUAUCAGAAGAAAACACAGAACACAGAAGAAAAGGAAAGAAAUAACUGGAAAGCUGUGCUUGCAGUGGUCAAAGCACAUACCCUGGUUUUUAAGAGAAUGUCCUCUCCAGUGCAAGUCUGUAUAUUUACUUAAUUCUAUGAUAGAACUUAUCGAUAGAUUCUAUGGAAUGGUUACUUUGCAAUGGCACUAUUGCUUGUUAUAUGUAUUUAUAAUGUAUAUAUGUACAUAACACACACACACAUGAUCAUUUGUUUAUGGUUAUGUUGUGUUAUAUUGGUCUAGUUUGACAAUACAAGACUAUUUUUUAUUGAA